AUGACACACAGUACAUACAACAAGCACGACAUUCCGCGAGAGCUGCAGCGACUUAUCGACCGCACUGACCACGGCAUCGAGCAGCUCUACCAACUGACCGGCCGCGGCGCCGCGGCAUCGACGGUGGAAAUCGACGGGAGGCCGAGAGCCGCAAGAGUGGUGGAGAGGGGGCAGAAGCGCGGGCAGCGCUGUCAUAACAGAGGAUUCCAGGACUCAUUGCAGGACGAGAGGGAUGCCGAGGUGCGGCGCAAUAAACCCCACCGCAGCACCCGCAGAAGCUACAGCGAUGGUCGCAGCGGCGUCAGUGCAGACCUUCAGCCGAGGUCGACGGUGCAAUCCUCUUCCCGGAGAAUGAGAGAUUCGUACAACGAUGGCAGCGCUCCAAACGACUGGCGGCGUUUGCGCGCACCCGUGACAGAACACACGAGACAGAUCGAGCACAACGAGUACGGCACCAGCGACGACGACCACUUCGACAGCGACAAAGGCGAUGCACUGCCCGACGUCACUGCGAGUGACGACAACACGGACGUCUACGAGAGAGAUGAGGCAGGGGAGGACAAUGACAACUACGAGGAUGACGGAGCCAAUCGCGAGCCGCUGUCCGUUAGUCGCCACCACGGACAGUGGCACGCGUCUCGUGCGCUUCGUCAGGCUACUAUUGCCACUGUCGGGUCUCCGUCUCUGCAGGCGCAGCCGCCUCACCGGCGUUCUUUGCCACUGGUGUCGACGCCGCAUCGAACGCUAAACUUUUCUAACGGCACCGCGCAGUCAUCCCCGGCGUCUCUCGCAAAGCCACCGCGCCACUUGCGCCGCCCCGAUCUGCACGCAUCUUCGUCACACCUACCCGGCUUUUCCUCACCGCCUCCGUGGAGGCAGCGACAGGAACGCCAGGACUGCCGUGAUCUUCCUCCUGCCGGAGCCGCCUCCUAUACGCCGUCACCGGCGUCGUUCUCUGCUUUAUAUGGCUCCUCAGCAGCAUCAUCACCGUCGCAAACAGCUAAGACUACCGAGGCCACAGCGUACCGUGCCCACAUGGCGGCGCAGCAAUCCACGCAGAGACCUACCGCAUCUUCUGCCGUGCGUCGGCGGCGCUCGCCAUCGCAGCAGCUCAGCGGAACUCCCGUGUCUGACCCAGCCACACCGCUCUUCAUGAGCCCUGGCUCAGCACAGAGCCGAAGUCGAGACGAGUCCUGCCUUCACACCCGCUCUGGCCUGCGGAAGACGAGGGACACUGCGCCUGCUGGGAUGCUGUCGCAAUUUGGACGGAGGUGGAAAAACAUCUUCAAGGAACUGCUCAUCGAUCCUCCACCACCAGCCCCAGCCUGGGCGACGUCGUCCCCGCCGCAGCGUGCAACUGCAACAGCGACGGUUGCGUCACACCCACGAAAUAUGCCCGCGUCAUCGUCCUUCUCGUCUUCUUCAUGCACGACAGUCUCAAUGGGGGAGAGGCGUGCGCACGAGGAAGGUGCUGCUGAAAGAGGCAGCCUUCCUCAGCUCAGGGAACUCAUUCCACAUCCGAAGAGAGUCCAUGCGCCUCCGUCGUGCACUGCUGCUGAUUUAGUGACUGUCGCACCCGCCGUGUUGCCACACUCCGCCACCUCUGCCACAGCAUUCGCUGACGCUCGUGUCGCCGAGCAGCUGCGAGCCGAGCUGCAGGCGAGGGAGGAGGCGAUGUUGCAGCUGCGCAUGGAUCAUGCACAGGCGUUGGCAGAGCUGCGUCAGUCCCUCACCCACGAGCGGGCGAGCGCAGCGAAGCAGACGGCUGACGAGCUCGCGACGUCCUUCUCCAUCAAGGAGCAGCUCCUUCAAUCGUCGCUGCAGACGGAGCGGGAGCGUCUGAUGGAAGCAGAGGAACAACUACGGCUUGCGCGUCGCGAGGCAGCUCAGCGUAAAAUGGACCAUGAAGACUCAGCCCACGCCUUGGAGGUCCUGCAAGGCAAGUAUGCCGCCCUCGCGAGCAGUCAAAGCGAGUACGCAGCGCAGGUGGUGCAGUGGCGUGCGCUGGCGGAGAAAGCUGCCGCUGAGGUCGCAGAACAUGAAUCGCUAGUGAAGGUUUGGAAGGCAAGGGAAGUGGACUGGCAAGCGCGUGAGGCGCAGUUACAGCAGCUGGCGCGCACCGCUGAGGAACGGCGGGAGCAGCAAGAGGCAUCGGCGCAGACUGCCCUAGCCCAGGUAGAGGCGGAGUUCACACAAACCUCGCAGAGCUACCAGGACUUGCUAGCGGAGGCGACAAAGCGCAUGUCCUACCUUGAAAAGAACCAUCGAAAGUACAAAUUACUCAAGGAAGCCCACACGGUUCUCAAGGGCGAAUACGAGCAGCUCGUGAACUCUUCUAUGCACCGCGCACAGCAGUUGGAGGCAGAGCGUGCCUCGUUGCACGCUGAGGCACAAGAGCUGCGCCAGCAGUUGCUUCAGCGAGACUCAGCCACGCAGCAGGAGGCUACCUCCCACCAAGAGAUGCUGAGCGACUACAAGCGGCGGCUGGAGCUGCAAGAGGCGAGCGCGGCGGAGCAGGUAAAAACACUCCAACAGCACAUAGACACCGCAAACCACACCAUCGAGCUUCUCCGGUCGCAGAUGGAAAGCCUCAAGCAGGACGUGCUCGAGGAGCAGGCGCAGCACCAGCAGACGCAGAUGAAGGCCGCUCAGACGGAGCUGCAGUGGAAAGAGAGACAGCACGAGCAUCAGCGCUCGGCAGCGGCCUAUAAAGUGCGCUCUGAAGACACCAUUGCUCAGCUGAAGCGCCAGCUCCGCGAGAAGGACACAAAAAUGCAGGCCCUUGCUGCAAGUGCCGCGGAGCCGCUCCAGAGGCUGCGUCAGCAACUCGACGAUGAGCGCGGCCGCCGCGCUCGACUUGAGGAGCAGUUCCGCGCCUACAAAAAGAAAGCCAAGGAGGCGGAGGAGCAGGCGGUGAGCGAGAUGCGGCGAGAGCAGCUACGUACCGCUCUGCUGACACCUAUAACGUCUACGGGAUCCCCGCACCUCCGUUUUGCCCACUCGGCCACCGCAACACCGUCGCCGUCGAGCUCGUCGGUACCCUGCUCCUCCGGCGCAAAUGCCAUCAGCGGUGUAGGAAAAGUGGGGUUGGAAUCCGCAGCCCGACUGGAUGAACCAGCUCACCCAGCUGUGCUGGUGUCUGCCCGUGUGGCGCGCGAUGUUCAGCGGGAGGGCCGCCUCACCCACCCUGCUAGUUUACGGGGCGCUACCGCCCCUGCAUCGAGCGUGCUUGCGAAAGCGCACGUUGCACACUCCAGGGAAGGUGACGCGGCGGAUAGACGACGCGUUACAGCCGGCCACUCCCAGGUCACCCCGCUUACAGGCGCGACGCGCUUUGCCUCUGAGGAGAGUGGUCGACUCGCGCGCCUCGCUCCUUCUGCGGAAGCACCAUCCCCUUCAUCAAGGAGGACUACCCAAAUCUGUGGUGAAGAUGAAGGCGAGCGACACGAUGCACAAGUCCGUCGGACGUCCUCACCAGGCAUAGCCGUGGCGGCCACGGAUGUAUCGGCCAUCUCGCCCAGCGCCACAGUAGAGUCACUCUCCGGUAUCUCGAGGACGUCUCCCUGCACGAGCACAUUGAUGGCAGGGGAGGACGACGCAGUAGGGGCUGAUGGCACUGUCAAGUCGUCGAGUGUACAAGUUGUGGAGUCGACGCUCUCUCUGCAGCCUCACCCUGCAAACAGCACCCGCCACACAAACACGUCCGUCGCGAGAGUACCUGCCGCGGUUGACGAUGCCAUGGCCACACGUGUCUACACCGAUCCUGGGGUACAGGCGCAUGAGUACCGUAUGAGCAGCUUCCACACAAGUGCCUCGGAGGUGCUGCGCCGCAUUUCGGGAAGCCGAGAAGAGUUCCUGGCGCAGUGUGCCGCCAUCGUGAAGAGCACGGCGGCUGCCGGCCGCCGAAGUGCUCAGACGAGACGGCGACUGGCUGCUGAGGACGGACGUACUGCGGCAUCCGGUAGCCACGCCAGUGUCUCUGAGACGUCACAGAGCGAUGAGGGAACGGACGAUGAGGAGUGCCUGUAG